AUGGCUGCAUUGGUUCAUGAAAAUAAAGACAAUGACAGUGAUUCCUUUUCUUCUGGAUCAGACGAUGAGUUCUUGACGGUACGAACGGAUGGUGGAAAUGUAGAUCGCGAAGCGUUGAUUCGAAAAAAGCUAUUGGAAAACUUUUAUGGUGCUACUCCUACUGCUGGUAGAAAUGACAAGGGAGGAGAGUCAUCUGAUGACGGUUUCUCUUCGGACGACGAUGACGACUUGGCAGAAGAUCCUCGUUCGUCCCAGGACUUGGAUUCUCCUCAUUUCAAUGCCGAUCAACACAAGGCGCAUCACGUGCUGACUCAAAACGUCCAUAAUUUACUCGAAGUAGAAGAAUCGCUGGCCUGUCAAGUCCGCACGUUGGAUUCUUCCAUGCAAACCUUGGUCUACGAGAAUUAUUCUCGCUUCAUUGAAGCCACAGAUGCCAUCAAGAACAUUAGCAUUCACGUACAGGCUCAUUCUUCUGGUCUCACGGAACUUCAAGAUAAAAUGAACACUGUUUCCAAAGAUUCACUCCAAAUUGAACAAACUGUGGGGAGUCUGCGAGAUCAAGUAGUGGAAAAGAUUCGCGUCAAGCGGUUGUUACAACGAUUGGAUGCCUUACUCAAAUUGCCCUCCACUCUGCAUUCACACAUGUCUCUCCACAAGUAUCGAUGGGCCACCAAGUCGUACGUCAGUGCCUUGGCCAUUUUACACAAACAUUCGGAAGGUUUCGACUCGCUGAAGAAAAUUGAAACCGAGUGUCAUGGGAUUAUGGAAACCUUGGUGGCUACCGUCCAACACAAAUUAAUUCAUUGGAGUGGGGCUAGUUUCCUGGACGAUGACGAUGAGAGUGACGAAGAAGAGGGUGAUGGAAAGGAAGCGUCUCAAAAGAAAAAAGAGAUGGAAAUUGACGCGGAUGACAUUCCAGAUGGCCCGACCACUAUUUUGGAUAUUUUUGAAUGCGCCGGAACCCCCAUCUUGAUUUGGCAAUCCAAAAAUGCUCAGCAAUUGACGCCUCGACUGAGUGCCGAGAAGUGUCAAGAGUAUGCCUUGAAGGCAUGUCUGCGAUUGUUGGAACGUGUCUUGGAUUCCCAUCAAAUUCAACUUCAAGAACGCAUGUUUACGAGCAAGACCAAACAAGAAGGAGAGGAAGCAGAAGGUUUGGAUUGGCUCAUUCCGACAAAUAUCUUGGACAUGAUUUUGGAAGCGGCCACUCUGUACAGCAUGACCUUCUUGCAAGAUCAAGAUGGACAUCCGCAACCAGACGAAGCUCUGUCGGUCUUUGUGAGUAACGCCUUUUCUACCUUUCUGACACAUGUUCGAGGUGCUCUUUUGGAACAGGCCCUGCAAGCAUCGCCAUCCACUAUGGAACACGACGAUCUUGGUGUUCUUGCUACUGGAGAGACGGACAGCUUGGAUGAUCGUGUUCUUUUGGAAGGCAAGGAUGAAGAAGCCUACGAACAAAUUUCCAGUGCCUUGACUCUGUUAUUGCAGGGUGUCAAGCAAUUGUCUGAGGGAUUGGAACUUCAAGAUGUGGCAGUGGGCAAUGAUUUGGCAUCUAGUUUGGUGGAUCAAGCGGUCAGUCUGACGGAAACCAUGGUACGCAAACGAGUGGACCAAAAGUUCAUUUCACUUCGUCAGCGGGUCAUUGAAGACUGUUUGGCGCCCAUGGCACGAUCUACCUUUUCGCAAGCCCAAGAUGGGAAGCAAUCCGGACAACAGGAUCAAUCUCUUUUGGAAGUGGUGCAAUUGGCAAGUGUUGCUCUUAGUGAUUCCUUGCAAUUGGUGGACGAUACGGUUCGGUCCAUUUUGGCAACGCCUGAAAUUUCAGAGGGAACAAUGGUUUUGGAUGGAACGGAUCGUACCGAUAAUCCACUCUCACCCAGUUCCAAUAACGAUGACAAUGGACCUUCUGCCGACGGCGCCAUGAUGUUGGAGGCGGUAGAACAUAGUUCCAAGCGAUUUGCACUCUGGCUGGCAGCAAGCAUGGAGGUAAUGAGUGGUUGCGAAGCAAGCCAUUCUUCCAAGCAAAAGUUGUUUGAUAUCCCAGAUAGUACCAAAAUACCGAAAAUUCGCAAGAUGGACACUGAUUCAGCGUCGUAUGACACAGGUUCCAUGGACGAAUCCACGCAAGGAGACGAUUUGAUGGAUACCCCUGAGCCAUGGACGGAGGAUAGUUCGGAUCCAGUUGUAGAGCGGGCGUUGUGGAAUCUCGUGGAAGAAAUCUCCAAGUAUCCAAAGAACGGAAACAAGAGCUCAGCAUACAUGACUUUAGCGAUUUCCGAAAUAUGUCGUGUGGCAGAACGAUCCGUCAUGGAGAACAUUUCGCAAUCCAUUAGUGCCCACAGUGGUCAACGUGGAAAGGGACGCAAGAACAAGAGUUUUCAAGUGGGAUCUACAUUUGACAGUACGACGAAUACUCGAGGACUUCCAGCCAACCCCAUUGCCGCCCGCUUUCGUUUGGCGGCGUCGCGCAUUUUGAAUUUAUUUGCCAUGGAUCGUGGUGCUGUUGCAGCUGAUCUCCUGUGCGACGCAAAUAUGAUCGAGAAGUGCAGCAAGGAAGAAGGUGAAGUGUCCGAAAGUCCAAGAGCAGGAGCUUGGCAAGUCUUGGAAAUUGUGAAGGAAACUUGUCUCGACUGUGCCGAUCUCUUUGGAGGAUCCGCACGCGCAGGCCCAGUUCCCGAGAACUUGGACGACGAAUACAUUUCAUUGACAAUGUCUCAUAAAAAGUCUGGCUUGGCUAUUGAUGUGGAACGCAUGUUUGCCGAAAAGAUUGUGGUAUACCCACACCCCAAAGAUAUGACAGACUUUUCACGCAAUGCAGUUGUGGUACUCAUUCUGAAGGUGGCUCUCAAAGCUUUGGCGGAAAACUCGAGAUGUGUCAAGUUUUCUCUUUCGGGUUACAGGCAGCUAAUGGUCGACAUGGAAUUCAUCAAAUUCUUGAUUCCACACUAUGUUAAGGAUGAGUUUUUCGGUGAUGGUUCCAAUUCGAUAUCGGGCUUGGAAGCGUUACUGAGGGAAGCUUCCAGCGUGGCCCGACAAAGAUGCUUUGCGGUCGGCGAACUUGGUGACUACCAAGAAGAGGUCAACGUUGCAAGAGGAGCCGUUCGAGUUUUCAUGUCCAAUAGUGAUCGUCUUGUGAAGAAGUUUACAAUCCAGGACGAAGGGGGCAAAAAAUAG